GGAAAGACCGUCCAAUCAGCGAGCAGCAAAGUGUUCCUCCAUCUCCGCCGUGUGUUGUGAAGGCAGGGGAGGGAGACGCACGCAGGAAAGUCGCGGUGCUUUUGUUUAUGGUUGUGCUUGCUGAGGGUUGAAGAUCGCGUAAAGCACACAAUGGAGAAGGGUCGAGAUUUUUCUCUCUGCGGGAAAGCAGCUGUAACCGAAGCUAAUCUGAGAGAUGAGUAUUUUUGGAAGCUUGUUGCUGACUUCAUUGGUCCUCAGUCAGGAGAAGGAUUAGAGCUUCAUAAGACACCAUGUAAGAACCGACUUCUGAUUCAAGUUGGACUCAUGACGGAGGACAAUAAUUUUCCGUGGAUGGCCGUCGUAAAUUGGCUCAAGAAAAUCUUCCCCUGGCACCAAUCAGCUGACUUUCGACGCUUAAUUGAAAGAGGCAUCGCAACGACACUGAGUCUGGGAAGUGAGGCGAGACAGACCUUCCUGGAGUCUGAAGUGAACUUUCACUUCGUUGGCCCGAUAUGUGAUAGCAUUGGUGUUGAACGACAGCACCUUCUGGAGAUGAGGGACUUUUCAGAACAGGCUCAGUCAAUUGAAGUCACAAACGGCUUGAUUCUGGAGUUGAGCAACUUUGUCACCAGGGAGAAAAUUGCCCCGGUGGUUCUCGUCACGUGGCUCAGGAACUUCAACCCUGAGUUUUGUGAGAACGGCAAUAUUCAAAAGGCAUAUAAAGUCCUCAGGUCGAAGAUAAAAAACUUAAAAAUGUGUUACCGCAAUUAUGAAACAAGAAGCCACAGGAGGAACGCGGCGAUGGAAAAUCUGCUUCAGAGUCCGUUUGAACUUGUGCGGGAAAAAAAGGAAAAAUUUAAAGUGAAGAAACGCAUGAGGAGGGACGACUCUUUCGAUUAUGAAAAAGUUGCCAUAAAGGAGGAAUGUGAGGGUUAUGAAAUCAUGCAAGUAGAGGAGAAAAGAGAAGUCGUGAGAAAGAAAACACAGAGAGCUGCGCAUGAAGGAAGUGAUGGAGAUUUGGACUUGUCCAAUGGCAGAGAUGAAGCCUUGUCGCGCAAAGAAGAAUGUCAGACGCUGCUCGAUAUCGCAAUGCUGUCCGUCCAAAAGCUGUCAAGUGUUUACGGCGGGAAAACCUCGGCAUGCAAGCAGCUGUCCUUAGAUCUGCUCAAGAACCAGUACGCCCUGACAUGCAAGGAGCAUCCGGCCAUGGCCGAGUUUGAGGUAAACCUCAAGUCGGUGUGUGAAGACAUUCCCCUGGCCUCUCCUGUGGCGUUUUUAAACUGCAACGCCCAUUUCCUCGUUGACGUGCACGAUGCGGUCGAGCAGCAGGUUUUGAGCUUUGAAAAGGAGAUCAUUUCAUCAGCGGAAGUGAAACUGGGACGGGACAAGCUUCCAAAAUUCAGCAACUUUGUGAAUAUGCCAGAAAGUGCUACUUCACGCUACAUUCACAUGGCUUGUGAUGUCCUGAGCCCUCGUACCUCUAAUAGGUCAAAAUACAGUAAAUACUGGGCAGCGUUCUGUAAGGAGAAGAAGAAUCCCUCCAGGCUUUCGGUGAAUCAUUCGAAUCGCUUCAACAACUACUUCGAAGCUGCAGCGGGUCUCAUUCACCACCACAGAGAGAUCUCGCCCUUCUUCUCGGAUCUGUUGUCACUGAACAACGAAACGUGCCCCAACAUCGUUCUGGAGAGUGUCGCCGCAGAUGCGAAUGACCCUGUGAUUCAGAGCCUCGUGUGUGUUCUGGCCAUCGUUUACUGCAAAAUCCUCGGCCCUUACUGGCAGCUGUUGAAGAGCACAGGGGAGUACUCGCUCUUCGGCCGCUACAUACUCGGUCUCUACCAAAAGUUCCUCGAUUGGUCGAAGGAUCCUUCAACUCUGCUGGAGCCAGAGGAAACCACUGAUGUUUUCCUACAGUUCCCACUGCAGGAGAGAACUUUCGAAGGGGUGUUUGAUUACUGCGGCCACUGGCACACAAACCGAGACCUCAUCAGAACCUGCUUGAAAAGGACGGUGAAGGCAAUCGCCGCCGUCACCGAUGAACACCUGAAGGAUUUUCUGCCGGGGGGAACAUUUUCUCAAGUUCCGUCGACAGAUUUGAGCUUGCGGCUGGCGAGUUGCACGUUCUCCGUGUUGAUGGCGGAAUACCCUUUCGGUGACGAGGAGCAAAAACCCGCCAAGUCGUCCAAGCGCUCCUCAAACGUCUUCUCGGAUAGCUCCCAGGAAGACGAGAACCUGUCCGGGUUGUCGGACGACAGCUUCGAUGGCCAUGAAGAUCACGGCAGCAGCCCGCAGGCGAGAAAGGGCGGCAAUAAAGAAAAGGCAGGAAGGUUUCGCCCGGAGGAGAUGGAGGUGAACAUGGAUAAAGAUUACAUAAUGGCUACUGUGAGUAAAAAUGGGGGGCCAUGCAAGUCGCAGCAGGACGUCGAUAAAAUGAUGCUGCGCUUUGAUGGAAAGUCCCGAGCGGAGAAAUGGGAAGCGGUGCGCUGCGAGAUCGAGUACCACAGGAUGAUCCUCAACAACACAAACCCGCACUUGAACUUUGUUUACCGAAACACCACCCAAAUGGUGCUGAAGCUGAAGCUCGCGCUCCCUCGGGUGAAACCCGGGUACUCUCUCGUCUGGGCACCCAGAAUGACGAAAUUAAAGCGCGUAGCUGCGCCUGCGGCUGAUCAGACUGAAAACAGCAGCACAUUAAAGACUCAGACAUAUGAUGUUUAGCAGAAGGAAACUUUAACAUGUGACUUCCUCAUAUGGCACACGCUGACCUCAACUUUUCUCUUCAAAAUAUAAAUAUACUGUAUAAUUCUA